AAACACGAACCAUACUCAUGACUCUUGACAAGCGGCCACCAUGGAUAGAUUUGUAACUGUAAUCAAGCCCGCACGCUCGUCCAAGGAAAAGGAAAAAUGUACAAACUCAACACGAUUCACUCCAUACCCUAUAUCCAAAUUGAAAACCCAGAAGAACGUCCCAGAUGCGAUGUUGAAAUCAAACUAUCCAGAAGCUGUGGCACAGGACAAGGCGCGCUUGCGCCAGCUCAUGGCCCCUCUCAAAAAAGACGGUACUUCCAAACCCUCUGCUGGGAAAAUUACGAAGCACUUGCUGAACACCCUUGCGGACGAAUCAAACCCAAUUACUCAUUCGAAUAUAUAUGAACGUUCAGACCAUAUUACCUCGGCCGCGGCGGGACAUCAGCGCUCCGAAGCGCGUGGUGGCGGACACCGUCGAGGGUACAUUGACGAGCGCUCUGAGAAGCUAGAGGUCCAGAAGCAUGAAAACGCACGCGACUUACGUCCAGUGAAAAUAGACGAAACAGAAGGUAAAUGCGGUGUGCUAAGUGGUGUACGCGUCUAUAUCAAUGGCUACCUUGCGGGAACAACCGACAUAGAGAUGAAGCGGAUAGUGGCUGGCGCUGGUGGGGUCACUUUGCAUUCCCCUAGUGGCGCUACGCAUAUUCUCACGUCGCAACAACUCUCGGGUUCGAAGACUCACAAACACCUCACGUCAAAGCGUAAUCCCGCACAUGUG